AACAGUUUCUCCUAUAAUUACCAAAAAAAAAUUAAUUAAAACGUUUUGAAAUAUCAUUAAAUUAAACAACAUAAACUCAUCUUAUAACAUGGCCCGCUUUAGCACCGAAAACGUUGAAGUUUUCAUCAACGACUUCCUCAAAGAAGAUCUCAAACAUUUGGAGCACUACAUCAACAACUACAAUGAGGAAAUCAUGGAAUUUGUACAACUGAAAAGCACCAUAGAAGCCAUGCGUGAUAAUUUGGAAGAUGGCUAUAAAACUCAAAUGAAUAUUGGCGGCAAUAUUUUCAUGGAGGCAAAAGUUUCCGAUUUAAACACAAUGUUAGUGGACAUAGGCAAAGGUGUCUAUAUACAAUUUACUUUGGAGGAGGCUUUAAAAUUUGCUGAUUUUAAAGUAAAAAUACUUAAUAAGGAAUGUGAUGUGUUGAGGGAGGAGAGUAUUAAGAAGAAAACGGAGAUUAAAUUGGCUUUAAUGUAUAUGGCUGAAAGAGAGCAGUUGUUGGAGCAGGAAAAGGAUUAGUGAUGAUAGUUGGAUUAAAAGAAUACACCAUAUUUUAGUUGUAAAUAAGUUGAAAUAAGAUUUUAUAAGAAAAUAUUUUGUUAAUGAAUGCUAAUAGAAAUAAUUAAAUGCUAAAAAUAAUGUUAA